AUGAAUGGCUCCCGGGCCAAGCAGGAUGCGGCCAAGGAUAUGGAAGCGGCGGUGAGGGAGCGAGCCGACCGCAAAGGCGUCGAGCCGCCACCAUAUGAGUUUCUGGAGUUGAUCGGCAAGGGAUCAUUUGGCAGAGUUUACAAAAGCAUGAAUCAGAAUACAAAAGAGGUCGUUGCUGUCAAAGUGGUUGAGAUUGACAGGGCCGAUUAUGCUGCUCAUAUGAUGGACAAAGAUUCCACAAUCAAAGACACCAUGCACGAGAUUGACGUCCUCACACGCUUGAAGGAAACGGGUGCAGAGAACAUCAAUCUGAUCAAAGACGCGUUCGAGUUUCACACGCAGUUCUGGAUCGUCACGGAGUACUGUCCCGGAGGCUCAGUACACACUCUUAUGAAAGCUUGCUAUAUUCCAGGACUGGAUGAAACCUACAUUAUCCCGGUUGCACGAGAGUUGGCGAAGGCUUUGAAGUCCAUUCAUGCAGCAGGAAUAGUUCACCGAGAUAUCAAGUGCUCAAAUGUCUUCAUCACAGAAGAUGGAAGACUUCAACUUGGUGAUUUCGGAAUCGCCGGGGUGCUCGAAACAAGCACGUCCAAGCGAACUACGGUCCUUGGAACACCAAACUGGAUGCCUCCCGAGAUGGUUGAGCAUCUUUUUUCCGACUCUGAAGAAGCACCCACCGUCCACUACGGCACCGAAGUGGAUUGCUGGUCGUUCGGCUGCGUUAUCUAUGAAAUGGCUUCUGGUUACGCACCCUACCUCAGAGUUCACCCCAUGGACCUCCACAAACACAUCCGCAGUACACCUCUUACUCUCGAAAAGGGUAAAUUCUCUCCAGGUCUUCAGGAUUUCAUCACUUUCUGCUUGCAAGAAAAUCCUACCGAACGCCCGACAGCGCAGAAAAUAUUGGACCAUCCGUAUCUUGCUGGCUCGGAAGAAACCCAUCCUGUUGGCAGUCUUCAAGAUCUUCUUGGACAGUAUUUCAUGUGGGAGCAAUCUGGUGGUCACAGAGCUUCGCUUUUCACUCCGAACGGUGCAGCCGGACCGGAAGAUUUUACCCAACAAGAACCCGACGAGGAUGAAUGGAACUUCUCAUUAACGACAGAUUUCCAGAAACGAGUCUCUGUUGCUUAUGGUGAUGAAGGGCCGUUUGAUUUAAGUUCUGCAGAAGUCGCUACACCUAGGGUCGCUACCAAGCCGUUGACUGGAAGAGAUAAGCGACUCAGAGAAGCCCGCAUCCAGCGCGGCGGACAGCUCCAAAAUAUGUUCAACCCUCCUGGCAUGACCCAAAAAGGCGAAAUGGGACGUUCCAGGAUGGGCGCCAACCCAGUAUAUGGAAGUAUGGACGACAUGCGACGUAUCUCUGACCUCCCGCUCCGAAACAUAAGCAGCGAGCGCGCAGCGGAUAGGACGACCAUGAUCGACCUUGACGCUGCCGAGGUGACUGGUGCGGUCCCAAGCAUUGAUCUCGAUGUCCCGACUCUUCGCGCCAAUCGGUUCCGCAACACGAUCCAUGAGUCUAAUGAUGACGAGGAUGAGAUCAACCGCACGGCUAAACGAGGAACCAUGGAGUGGACAUUCCCCACGGAACCGGAGCCGAAACUGAAGAAGGAACGGGCCACGAUGGAAUGGAGUUUUCAGAAUGCACUGGCAGACCUGGGCGAGGACGACACUGCGGCGCCCAGGCCGCCAAAGCGGGAUACCAUGGCGUUCAAAUUCCCGAUGAGCGAUCCAUCUGCACACAAUCGCGAGCCAUCCGAUACCAAUCUCGAUUCCGAGGACAUGUUCUGGCUCAAAUCAGGCAUUGACAUCAACACCCGCCCUCCUCUGAAACACGCAGCGACCAUGCCCACCGACUUCGGCAGCCACUCGCCGCGACAAUCCCUCAUCGAUCUCGACAUGGCGAUCCCGGAUUUCGAAACCCACACCCGCCCCUCCACCUCUGGCACCGACUCCGCAUUGACCGACGUGUCUCGCGGGGAUCCGUUUGACCUCGAAGACUCCGCCCCUACGGACGACGCGACACUCCAUGACGUCACGAGCGAUCUCAACGCCAUGCAUUUGAAGUCGCAAUCUGAGCCCUACCAUAAAGCCUGGGGCCCCUCCUUCCCAUCCCAGCCCCGCUCCCGUGCACCCACCGCGCUCCGCCGCGCCCCGGAUUUCGCUGCCAUGGGGUAUACCCCAUCCAAGCAGAAUGCGCCGUAUCCCAGCCAGUUCAACAUAUGGCAGAAAGGCGAAGUACCGCGACGGAUCAAUGCGGAUGGCGACUAUAAGCGGUCCAUGGUCGCGGAUUUCCCGGAGCCGGAGAUGCCGCACCGGGCUGCGCUGGGGACCCGCGACGUGAGUCAUUCAUUCAUGGAGGGGGAGGUCGGUCGGAUCAUGAGAGGGUUCAUUGAUCAUACGAGGAUGACACAGAGGGCCUUUGAGGCAAGUGAGGAGUUCGCGAGCAUGAAGGAGCCAGAUAAUUGA